AUGUACGGCAAUAAAUUGUUGACUACUGACGUAUGGCAAAUGUUUCGCGAAAUUUUUGAAGAAAGCGGGUUUGAAGUGUAUGAAAGUCGAGAAUCAUUUAUAGAAUAUGUUCAGACGGAGCAACAGAAAAACGCCGAGAAUCGAAGAAUUGCUGUGGGAGAAUUAACCGAAAGAAUGCGCGAUAGGUAUUGGCGUGUUGAAGAGAUGGGUGAUGUUGAGAAGACGCAAUCUUUUAUUUCUAUGUUAGAAGCCUCCAUGAAUCCGAUUAUUUUGCAAUUUGAUAAUAAUUCAAGCGGAAAAACUUAG